AUGUCUGCUUUAUUUAUUGCAUCUAGAACUUCAGCAAUGGCUUUAAGAAGAUCCAUCGCUGUUUCUACCAAACAACAAUCAUCUUUCUUACAAUUAGCCAGAUUAUAUUCAUCAGGUAAAUUCCCACCUCAUACUGUCAUUAAUAUGCCUGCCUUAUCUCCAACUAUGACUCAAGGUAACAUUGGUUCUUGGGCUAAAAAAGUAGGUGAAGAAUUAGUUCCAGGUGAAGCCAUUGCCGAAAUUGAAACCGAUAAAGCAUCUAUGGAUUUCGAAUUCCAAGAAGAAGGUUAUUUAGCUAAGAUUUUAAUGGAUGCUGGUUCUAAAGAUGUCCCAGUUGGUAAACCAAUUGCUGUCUAUGUUGAAGAAGCUGAAGAUGUUGCUGCUUUUGAAAAUUUCACUUUAGCUGAUGCUGGUGAAGCCGCAAAACCAGCUCCAGCUGCUGCCACUCCAGCUGCUACCGAAGCUCCAAAGGCUGAAGCUCCAAAAGCUGAAUCUGCUGCUCCAUCCUCUGCUCCAGCUAAGAAGGCUGCUGCUCCAACUGACAGAAUCAUUGCUUCUCCAUACGCCAAGACCAUUGCUUUAGAAAAGGGUAUUUCCUUAAAGGGAAUUAAAGGUUCUGGUCCCGGUGGUAGAAUCGUUGCCAAGGAUCUCGAAAAUGUCCAACCAGCUGCUGCUGCCGCCGCUCCAGCUGCCGCUGCUGCUCCAGUUGCUGCUGCCCCAGGUGCUUCUUACGAAGAUAUUCCAAUCACUGCCAUGAGAAAUGUCAUUGCUUCAAGAUUAUUACAAUCAACUCAACAAUCCCCAUCAUACAUUAUUCAAUCACAAAUUUCUGUUUCUAAAUUAUUGAAAUUACGUGCUUCCCUUAAUGCAUCUGCUGAUGAAAGAUAUAGAUUAUCUGUUAAUGAUUUAUUAAUUAAAGCUAUUGCUAGAGCUUGUGUUAGAGUCCCACAAGUCAAUUCCGCUUGGUUAGGUGAACAAGGUGUCAUUAGACAGUACAACAAUGUUGAUGUUUCCGUCGCUGUUGCUACCCCAACCGGUUUAAUCACCCCAAUUGUUAAAGACGCUCAUACUAAAGGAUUAGCUACUAUUUCUCAUGAAGUUAAGGAUUUAGGUAAGAGAGCUAAAAUUGGUAAAUUAAACCCAGAAGAAUAUCAAGGUGGUACCAUCUGUAUUUCUAACUUGGGUAUGAACCAUGCUGUUACCGCUUUCACUUCUAUCAUUAACCCACCACAAUCUGCUAUUGUUGCUAUAGGUACUACUGAAAAGAAGGCUGUUCCAUCCGAUGUUAAUGAACAAGGUUUUGUAUUUGAUGAUGUCAUUACUAUUACUGGUACUUUUGAUCACAGAGUUAUUGAUGGUGCUCUUGGUGGUGAAUGGAUUAAGGAAUUAAAGAGGAUUAUUGAAAACCCAUUAGAAAUGUUGAUUUAA